AUGCUGGGCACGGUGUCUAAGGGCAUGAGCUUGGGAAUCAGCACCAGCUUUGGAUCCCCAGACUGGAACCGCCUCCGCACCACCCGGGGGCGCGGUUCAGCGCAAGUGCUGACUCAGAGGGUCUGCGGUGCGGCCGAGCCCUGCACUUCCAGCGAGCGUCCAGGCGAGGCCGGCGCUGCGGGCCGGCGGACCAGCUCCGGGAGGCAGGGCGGCAGGGGGGCAUCGGCUCGGCCUCGCCUGGGCGGCGGGGCUCGUGCGCGGCGGCCAGGCUCACAGGCAGGGCGGCGAGCGCGGGCGCUGCUCCGGAGCGCACGGAGCGGCCCCGUGGGACGUCCGCCCGGCCCGCCCCCGCGGCGCGGCCACACGGGUCCCGCUCUCUCCGGCGGCGGGGGCGUCCCGAGCCGACAGCACCUGCACCACGUCUUUGACCUCACGCCCCGGGGCCUCUCCCUUCCCUCCUCAGGACUGAAGAGGACUCCGAGGGGGACCAAGCCCACGUUUCUCCAACCUCCCUGCGGCCCCCGACGGGAGCCAAAACCAAGUCCCCGGGGCCAGGGCCGCUGCCGGCCCUGCAGCCUCUUGCAGCACCGGCUGCCGCGGGUCCCCAGCACCAGUCGCAUCGCACUUCUGUCCCUGUGUCAGGGCACGAGCAGCCCGCGUCCCCCGCCGCUCCGUAAGGCUCCGCACGCCCCUCGCUCCGCCUCCGUCUCCAACCACGACACCCCGCGUGGGCCCUGUGCUGUCAGCCCUUCCCCAGCAGAGUUCAGAGCCUCGGCCGCCUCUGAGGGCUCCUGUCUCCGGGGCCCCCGAGGGCCCUGCCGCCUGCCGCCCUCAGCGCCGGGCCUGGAGACCGAGGCGGCGCCCUCCCCGCCGCCGACCCCGCCCUGCCGCCCCCUCUUGCCGCCCGGAGCUCCCCGCCGUAGCCAGGCCGAGCCCCGCUCUGCUCCUGGCCCCGGCGGCUGUCUCGCCCAACACAACGGCCACAGUCCUGAAACGUCCCGCGAGACCCCACCUGAGCCGUCCCGCGAGACCCGACGUGAUCCCCCCGCGAGACCCGACAUGAUCCCCCCGCGAGACCCGACGCGAUUCGUCCCCUUUCGUCUAGCGUUCGCUGGAGUCGACGUCCGACGGGAACGCUGCCGGCCGUCGCGGGUUUUCGUGCCUCUGCUUCCGCAGGCCGCUGCCGAGCGCGUCCGCCCGUGCCGCACCUCGCGGCCUGCCAGUGGCCGCAGCGCGGGGGCUUCCGUGCCUGUGGCCUUCCGUAGGCCAGUCCAAGGUCGCCCGGCGCAGCCUGAGCUUCGUGAGCGCCUGUAA